ACAGCCUGUUUACCUGAAGAGUUAAAGUGAGUCACGCUGUGUUGACAGGGACCAUCAGCCUCUAUAAAACCUGAGUGAAGCGUCAGUGUGAACAGAAGAAGCUCUUCAUCUGGAUCAGACUCUGAGGUGUGAAGAUGAGACGUGCCGUCGUGUUGCUGGCUGUGUUGUGUGUGUGUGAUGGACUGAAGUUCGGUCAGCUCUGCAGUGGAAACUCUGACAACAGCAGGAGGAUCUCAGACAGAUGGGGACAGGGACACUACGGAGCCAGGCGGGUGAACAGGGAACACAAAGGUCUGGACAUCGUGUGCAACGACGGAUCGAUCGUCUACGCCCCGUUUGAUGCCACGCUGCACGGAAACGUUAUUGUCUACACUGACACCAGCAAGGCGGCCAUCAACAAUGGCAUCAACCUGAGAGCCAACGGUCUGUGUUUCAAGUUGUUCUACGUUCAGCCGGACCGGACCUCCGGCUCAGUGAGGAAGGGGGAAAGGCUCGGCAUUAUGCUGCCCAUGCAGAGCGUUUACCCAGGAAUCACCUCACAUGUCCACGUCCAGAUGUGUGACAGGAGCGACCCCACAAAAUACUUCUGAUCAGCUUCUGAUGCUGAUCUUCUUUUCUGAUGCAUAAAAACACUCUGAUGAACUAACAAAACUUAAAGAGCAUCUGUGUUGUGAGUCUUUUAUUACCAGGAACUGUGAAACAGCAAGCAUCACUUUGUGUUUUAAACUGAUGUUUUAAAUAUAAAAAAGUAAAAUAAUAAACAGUUUGAACAAAGAACAG